UUGCAGUACUGUUUUAGCUGUAGUCUUGCUACUGCUAUAGAUAGGUUGAAGGCUUCUUCAACAGCUUCUGUACUAUGACAACAAGCAUGGAAAGGUUUGGUUGGUUUCAGGGAAAAUGGAAUUGAAUGCAGCUCUCUAUGACUACUCAAUUCGAAUGAACUGUCUAUCUCCUCUGUUACGUGAAGCACCAAUCGAUAUCAAUUUUCUUCAGGAGAGCAGAGAAAAAGAAGAAUUGAAUGCAUGCAAGUCUUACGUCAUUUACAGAAAAGCUUUGAUAGCUGCACGCUUGGCUUUGCUCUGUAUCAUAUUAGACCAAGUCUCACUCAUUCACACUCACACUAAUUUUAACCUCUGGUGAAUGUUGCUCUCUAGCUCUUUCUAAUGGCUUCUGUAUUGUCUGCUCAAGAAGCCUCACAGCUACUCAAAUGUCAGACAUGGAUCUUGAAAGUGUUUAUCCACUGUGAAGGUUGCAAGAGGAAAGUGAAGAAAGUUCUACUGGGAAUUGAUGGUGUUUACACCACAUCUAUUGAGGCAGAGCAAAACAGAGUCACAGUCACUGGAGACAUUGACGUUCAGACCCUCAUCAAGAAGCUGAUUGUAAAAACUGGUAAACAUGCCGAGCUAUGGCCAGAAAAUCUCACCAAGAAAGAAAAGACCAAGCCUGUGAAAGCCAAGAACAACGACCAACAGAAAUCCUCAGAAAUUUGCCAAAUUAAGCAGAGUACUACAUGUGACAAAGUUGGAGUGGUCAGGCUAAACAGAGCAAGUGAGGGUGACACAGCUAAGUUUAACAGAGAGGAACAAUGUCAAGUAUCAAAGAAGGGUCACAUUCCGCCGGAGAAAUCACCUAAUGGCCAUGAUUCUCAGGCCAUGGAUCUUCAGCUCGGUGAAAGUGAAAAAGGGAGUGUUGGUGGCAAAAAGAACAGGAAAGGCCAAAGAGAUGAUUUGGGUUCAACAAGCUCCUGUGGACCUGCAAGCAUUGGAUCUCAACAUUAUGGUGAUCACACUGCUGGUCCAGUUGAUCUCAGCCAUAUCAUCGCAAACAUGUAUCCGAUGGAUUACCACUCUCAUCUGGUGUUCAAUGGAAGUGACAUUACAGCAGCUGCUACAGCACUGCCUAGCAAGAGCUUGGCUCCUUACUAUUGUUAUGGUCCAUCAUCACAGUACAAGGAUGCAGCUAGUGGUGAACAGAUUGAUCAAGUGAAAGCAACAUUUCUUCACAGUGUGCAGAUUUUCAGUGAUGAAAAUGCUAAUGGCUGUUUUAUUAUGUGAUUUCAAGCCAAUGCUAUGUGUGUGACAAUAAAGUGAAAAGCUAGAAUAUUUCAGUAGGGUAGGUUAUUGCAUUUUCAGCUGUAAACCUUUAUUAUUUUCAUGCUUAAUAUGAGAGGAUUAAGUCAA